AUGAGGCUUCCCCGCCGUGUGCCUUGGGCAUCGAUAAGCGAGCUAGAGCAAGUCUGCUCUUGGAUCUACAACGACGAGAACGACUAUGAAGCAAAAUCAUUGGCGAUAAACAGGUUAUCAGCCUGGAAAGCAAUUACGCCGUUACCUCAUGCGUUGGACUCGACGCUCGCCAUACUCGUCGUCGUGAAUCAAGACAGGUUCCAGACGCAAGGAGCAACGUUACCCUUGCGACAGAGCUAUGCAACAGCCAUAAUACGCUUGGUGAACGGUUUGGUUGAUCCUCUCCAGCUGGGAGCUUUUGCACGCUCAAUUGCCUCUAUUGCGAAACAAUUGGGUUUGCCGUCCUGGUUGGUUGAACUGCGACAUGCGGCGACACACGAGGAAUUACCUAGUCUCCCGGUUCUUCGAGAGGCCGCACGACAGUCGUUGUCAUGGCUAUUACACAAUUACUUUUUGCCAACCUUGAACCCACUAUCUUCGACCUCCCCAGUAUCAACCUCACUGCGCCCUUUGAAACCGAUUCUCAAACAAUACAAAGAAUACAUGAAAACCGUUACUCGCGAUGCAUCUCUGGCGGCUCAAUACAAACCGAGAAUUACUUCUCUGAUGAAAGACGUAGAAAGGUGGAUUGCGGAGGCUGAGGUGGCGGCAAACAUAUCAAUGGACGCCGUCGGUUGGGGCUCAUCCCAUUUUUCCGAUGCAGCACCGCAGGAGCAGGACAUCAAGGAGAGAUGGGCACUGGAAAGGUUCUGCGACGACCUCCUUGAAAAGGGUGGGCUUGUCCCACUGUCAAAAAAGAAACGAUUGUCUCAAAAGGAUCGAUUUUGGCCCCCUGCGGCGACAAUUGCUAUCUGGGCACCUCUACUGCAGAACCUUCAAGACCUUCACGCAGACUUUGCAUCUGUUCUCUCGCAAAGAAUAUGCUCUUAUCUCUUGGCUCUUGCGAACCCAGACCCAUCGGAAGACCACAUACCGCUUGAGUCCCUUUCUGACCCAAGCUACGAAAUGUGUUUAGCCCGAUGGGUUCUGUGGCUGAUCGAGGUGUGCACCCCGCAGGGGUCCCAGGAUUACGACUUACGGCAAGAGGCAGUCACCGCUUUGUUACGGGGUUUGAGCUCUGCCUUUGCGAGCCCUACAAAGGCCAAAUCUAGUGCAAUGCAGCUUUUGGAGGUCCUGUGUGAAGGCCAACCUGAACUACAUGCAGCACUUGAACUACUGCGACAAUCUGCGCCACCCACUCAGAGAAAGGAUUGGUCACCCUCCGACAUUAACGUCAUGCAAGAUAGGCUCAACCUCCUGCAGCAGGAACAAACACUGUUGGUCUCAGUUGAUAAGAUGGAAACGUCGACGGAAGGUCGGGUCGUUUCAUCUGAUAGUGCAGGCGGAUGGCGUCAAUUAAGCCGUGCCUGUGGUUUGAUGCCAAAUGUGAUUGAUUCCAGGACAGAGAAACCCUACACGCUUGAAGACCCAAGGAAGAAAGCAGAAGACAGAGGAUGA